AUGUGCUUCAGCAGCAGGAAAACGAACGAGGAGGGCCUCAAUCGGUCACGCGAGCUCGACAAGGUUAUUCGUGCAGAUGAGAAGCGGUUGUCAAGAGAGGUCAAGCUGCUACUGCUGGGAGCCGGCGAGUCGGGAAAGUCGACGGUACUGAAGCAGAUGAAAUUGAUAUACGCCCAAGGCUUCAGCAAAAACGAGAAGCUAGAGUGGAAACCCGUCGUGUUCAACAAUGUCAUCCAAUCCAUGAGGCUUAUUUUCGAUGCCAUGGCCGACUUUGGAAUCGAGCUCGAGAACAAGGAAAACGAGAAAAAUCAGGCAUUGGUUCUAGUCGAUUGUGAGAUUUCGCCCACCGACACGCUACCGCCAGAAUACCUCGAGCCAAUCAAAGCACUGUGGAAAGAUGGAGGGGUUCAGAAGGCCAUUCUUAAGGGGAAUGAAUAUGCGCUUCAUGACAACUUGGCAUACUUCUGCGAUGACGUGGAUCGGCUGUGGGCAAAGGGCUACAUCCCCAAUGACCAAGACCUUCUGCGAUCGAGGUUAAGGACGACUGGCAUCACCGAGACCAUCUUCGAUUUAGGCCAGCUUACAUACCGAAUGUUUGAUGUUGGUGGCCAGCGAUCAGAGCGAAAGAAGUGGAUACACUGCUUUGAGAAUGUCAAUUGUUUGCUGUUUCUAGUCGCCAUCAGCGGAUACGACCAAUGUUUGGUGGAGGACAAAGAUGGCAAUCAGAUGAACGAGGCCUUGAUGUUGUGGGAGUCCAUCGCCAACUCCCACUGGUUCACCAAGUCCGCACUCAUCCUCUUCCUCAACAAGAUGGACUUGUUCAAGGACAAGCUCGCAGCGAGCCCCAUCACCAAGCACGGCUUCGUCGACUACCAAGGGCCCGCGGACGACUGGAAGCAGGCCAGCAAAUACUUCAUGGACAAAUUCCGAGCGCUGAACCGGAAUCCAGAGAAGGAGAUAUACGGCCAUUUCACAAACGCCACCGACACGAAUCUCCUUAAGAUCACCAUGGGCUCCGUACAAGACAUGAUCAUCCAACGGAACCUGAAACAGCUCAUCUUGUGA